UGUCUAAAAGCCUGGACUAGCUUCACUAUGUCCUUUGUGAACAAGCCUGCUAAAAAGGAACAACAGUUUACAACUGAAGUGAACCUAAUCAGUUUCUUGCUGAGAGUUGAUGAUCAUGAGUCUCAGUCUACUCUUGUGGUUGAUACAGCUACAGUUUUUACAGCUACAGUUGAUGUACAGUCAAUUGUUGCUCAUUCUCCAUCACCCUAUUCUUCUACUUCCUCUACUAAUAGUCUAAUACUACUACUAGUACUAUUACCACUACAGAAGUCAGUGUUGGAGCUACACCACCCACUACUUUAUUACAAUAACCUUCGCUACCAAAAAAUUGUGCUAAAAAGGGUGCGUAAAAGAGGGUGUGGCCAAAAUCGCGGCGCGCUUCGCGCGCCCAACCCAUUUCCUGUGCCACACCCAUGCCCGACUAGUAGUCAAAUCCUGCAGCCGCCUAUGAGCAUAAUGAAGGUGGUACCACUGCUUCAGCUUACAUUCAUUCUUUACUUAUUAGAGACCAACAAUACAAAGAUGAAACACAAGAGCAGUCACACAAGCACUUGGAGGGGAAAUGGAAGCGGCUGCUAUUUUAGGGAAGCCAGAGGAAUUAGAGUGACAUGAAUAAAGCUAGCUGUGCCCCUUGGAAGGAUUUCUCUACUUAUGCAGCUGCUAAGUACGUCUGGUCUGAAGAUGAACUGAAUAGGAAACCAGAACACGUUUACAAAAUACUGAACAAAACAAUAUUUUCAUUAUUAGUUUAUAAUAACUUAGUGUGACUAGUAAGUUAAA